UCGGCGAUGGGAGGCUGCGACCAAUCAGAAGACUCCCAGGGAGGAGCGGGCGGAGUUAUGUAGAUGAGCAAGGAGGAGGAGGAGAAGUGGCCAAUGGGAAUAGCCGAAAGGAAGGGCUGGGCGUGGCUAAGAAGAACGGGGAAGAGUGAGUGAGGGGCCCUAUUUCGAAGCGUCAGGUUCCAUGGCAGCCGGUUACCCGUAUGGACAGGGUUUUCCUGGAUCACCAGGACAAGCCCCGGGGGCUCCACAAGGGGGUUAUCAUGGAGUCCAGUAUGGAGGUGGGGGGCCUCCUGGGGGGCCUUAUGGUGGCUCGGCCCCCGGAGCUCCCUAUGGGUCACCAGCUGGUGGGGGACCUUAUGGCCAACCUCCCUCUGGCCCUCCUGGCGGCAUGUAUGGAGGAGGCACAGCCCCAGGAGGACCCUACGGACAGCCCUCUGCAAACCCAUACGGCGCCCCUCAACCUGGACCAUAUGGGGCAGGAGGUCCUGGAGGGAACGCACCCCCUGGUGUGGACCCCGAAGCCUUCGCUUGGUUCCAGAGCGUGGACACAGACCACAGCGGUUACAUCUCAGCCAAAGAGCUCCGGCAGGCCCUUGUCAACUCCAACUGGUCCGCUUUCAACGAGGAAACUUGCUUGAUGAUGAUGAAUAUGUUUGAUAAAACCAAGUCUGGGCGCAUAGAUCUCUAUGGCUUUUCGGCCCUAUGGCGCUUCAUCCAGCAAUGGCGGAAUCUUUUCCAGCAGUAUGACCGCGACCGGUCUGGAUGCAUUAAUUACAAUGAGUUGCAUCAAGCUCUGUCCCAAAUGGGGUACAACCUGAGCCCCCAGUUUUCCCAGCUGCUCAUCUCCCGUUAUUCUCCAAAGGCCAACAACCCCGGCAUCCAGCUGGACCGCUUCAUCCAGAUCUGCACACUGCUCCAGUCAAUGACCGAAGCUUUCCGGGAGAAGGAUACCAGCAUGACAGGCAGCGCUCGGCUCAACUAUGAGGACUUCCUCAUGAUGUCAGCCACUCGCAUACUGUGAGGUCUUCCUUUCUGGGAGAACAAGAGCAAGCGAUGUUGGUCCUGAUGGAGACUUUGCAAGAAAAUAGCCAGAAGAAAGAGCCACUGAAGAGAAACCUUAGAGGACAUCUGUACUAUGAAGGAAAAUGAUUUUAUGAAUGGUGGAUACCUUGAGAUGGGUUCUUUGUAUGAUUGAUUCCAAAAAAUCCAUUCGCUGUUCAAGGGCAGGCAACAAAUACUAAGCCAACUGAUGAAUGUCAUGGCCUUGGACAAUAACCAUCACAACUCUUUCCAUUCAGGAGUUUCUUCCAUUGCCUCUCAGUAAGAAGUAUCUCCAUCCUACAUUUUAGGGUUAUGCUUUAGCUUUGGGGAUGGUUGCCAUAUAAUUGGAAGACGCUUCUUGCUCCUGAGUUUUCCAGCUUCAGUUUGCCAUGAGUCAUGAGUCUGGACAUCCAUUCCAAGUUCAGCUCCCUCUUCUUUGCCAUUCGAUGAGAAGAACAUGAGCCAAGACCUUUUGCCAAUGGCUACUUUAGCUGCUUUUUCUUUCCAAUUGUCAACAUUUUGCUUGUGAGUUUUGUAGGGGCCAAAGUCUUGAGUGCUGAUGUGCCAGUAUCAACACACACACCUAGGUAAAAUGCUUCAAUAAAGGACCCAAAGAACUGAGAAUUGUUUUUUUCCUCUUUGUUAUGUAUGUGAUAACACAUAUACUGGGUUAUAAUGUCAUUUCCUAAUUGGUUCUAUCAUUAAAAACAUGGAAAAGUUUAUUAAACAUCCUGCAGUACAGGA